AUGGCAGACCCUCUGCCUAGGUCGGACUUACUCACUCUUCCCCAAGAUAUCCUCAGUAUCAACCGCAUGGCUGCCACCUCGGCCCCUGCCUACGGUGAUGCUCCCUACGCGACCGCCGCUUCCCCCGUGAACGCCACUUACACGGCUUCUCCCACCCCCUACGAGACCAUGGGCUACGCACCUGCUCCCAUGCGCUCUACCUUCGCCCUUGCUCCGGAACCCGAACACUCUCGGAGAUUCUCUCACUCGUCAGUACCCUCAACUUCCCUGGUCGACGUUACAAACCCCAAUGUUCUGGCCCGGCCCCAUCGCAACUCAAUGAUUGACUUUGACAACAGAGGACUUCACCACCACGAUGAGCGCAGGAGCUUCGCCGAUGCCCUCGACGCAAGCCACGGCAUGCUCGCCAUGAGCCAGGAGACCCCACGCAACAUCUAUGGCGCUCGCAGCGAUAGGGCUUCAGGUGAUUCCUACGGCUUCCCUUCCACGCACUCUACCAGCUCUUCCGUGUCCUCCGCUUCUGGGUUCGGCAACUACUACGGCGCCGACUCUGUCAGCGACUACUCUACUGCUGGCUCAGACAUCGAGUCUGUCACCUCCCGGACUCUGCCCAGGCCCCAUGGACUCAUGGCACCCCAGAUCCCGCCUGCGCCCCAAUCCAUGAUGGGCCAGUUCAGCUCCAAGGUGUCGUCCAGCACGCAGAAGAAGCACAAGUGCAAGGUUUGCGACAAGCGAUUCACUCGCCCUUCCUCUCUUCAGACGCACAUGUACAGCCACACGGGCGAGAAGCCCUUUGCCUGCGAAGUCGAAGGUUGCGGUCGUCACUUCUCCGUAGUCUCAAAUCUGCGGAGGCACAAGAAGGUCCACAAGGGCGACACUCGCUCUGAGGCUGGUUCUGAAGACCACCAUUCCGAUUAA